AUUCAUGAAACGACCUAAGAAGAGUAUUAACAUCUGAAUUUUUCAUGGAAAACUUUGGCAAAUAUUCCCAGGAUUCCGACAUGAUGUUUGAAAGCUGUAAGAUGAUAAUAACACAUUCAUGAAUAUUUUAUAUGAAAGGUGAAGUAAUAUAGGUGUUAUUUUUGUUUAAUUCGUGAACGAUAUUUUUUAUCAUCUACAAUUUGAUAAUUAUCGGUUAACAUGCCUACUACCAGUCAAAAUAAAGUUAUGGCGCACGUGACUGGGAAAUCGACGAGAAAGAGAGGGAAAGUUGUGUUGAAACAGUACAAGAUGGAGCCGAGUCACCAGUUCGAUACAUUGACUAGCAGUGUCGAGGAUAAUUGUCCGGAAUCAACAGAUGACCAAGUGACCACGGUUGUUCAAGCUGACCAAUUAGAGUCCAAAGAGAGUACAGAAUCGAGUCAGGCCCGGGAGAGUGAACGCUUACACCAGCUCGGCUUCUGGAAUUCUGUUGAUAAAAAGGAUAUUAAAGUGAAGAAAAUUGGAGUUGCAGCACAAGAAAAACCUACCGGGGAGUCGGAGGAAGUAAAACAGUACAACGAGGUUAUUAGCCAAGAGGUGGAACGAAAGGUCGAUGAGAAGUUGGACUGUCCAUCUGUCAAGCGGAGAGCCCCCCCAGAGCUCGUGACAAGUGCCGUCUGCUUCGAGCUAAAAGGUAGUGUCGCUACACACGUAGAGGUCCUCAGUAAAAUGAAGGAAAUGUUGUGCUACAGGAAGGGCAGUAAAAUUAUCACGAUCCAGUUUGUACCAAAGUCAAGGUGGAUUAUCGUUCUUGACAGCCAGGAAACACGAGACCGACUGGCGGGAAUGGAGUUUUUCAUUGGUCGACACAGUGUGCUCCUGCGUCGCUAUGACGACGUGAUGAAGAUGGAGUACAAGAAGUACCUGCGUGGUCAGGGACUAUUGGAAAUGGUACACAGUGCCACGAAAUAAGACGUUAUCGAUAUUUAUGGACAGGAACAAUAGCGAAAUCGUACACAGUACCAGUAAGUAAAACUUUAAAAAUUCCCUUAAUUGGUAAUUAUACACAUUACAACCAAGUAGAACGUCCCCGGUGUAUAUAGACAAUGACUCAGUGAAAUGGCGAUCAUAUUGCUCAGUAAUACAAUUAAAUAUAAACUCGACUACUAGGAAUAGUAACCUAUGUGUAACAUGUACAGCUGUACACCAUUCUGUAUACAGAACUUGGCUAAUAGAAAUGGUAAAAAGUGCCAUGAAGUUCAACAGUCAAUGCAAUUAAUACUAAGAAGUACAUGUAAGACGUCCCGAUAGGCAUAUUAGUAGACAAUGACUACUUGAAAUGGUACACGUUUGUGCGAAGAAAAUAUAGGACGUCUUCACACGUUAAAGGGAUAGACACUGAUAUGGAAUAAUGGCCGAUGAGAACUUUAUGGAGUGCCC